UCUUCGGCAUUUAUGUGACCUAAUUGUGUUGCAAAUGCCGUAAAACUCUUAUUAAAACUAAAAACUCAGCUUGUUGAAUGAGUCACUAAGACUUGGUUGUUUUCUCGUAGUUCAAUGCACAGCGUGGUUUUACCAUUCAGACUUUAAAAAGUAAAACCAAGCCAUGCUAUCAACUAACAUAUAAAAAAACUACCAACAUGAGUCCAGUGCACUCCUGUGACAUUCUGCCUUUUGUAGUUGCAAGCACUACAAAAUUGUUACCGAUACCAUACUUGCAUCUCUAAGUCGUCCUCUUUCCCGCUGUAUCCAGCUGGUGCUUGGUCGAUGCUAUCAUUUCAUUCUUUUUCAGUGUUUAUUGAAAUUCAAUAGUUCUUAUCUCUUCGCGUUGAUAUAUAAUUUUUAACUUGAUCUUCCUCAUCGCGCGUAGAAGAUGUAAAUUGGAUUCUGGUGUGGGGAGGUUUUUAAAUGAAUUAUCACCUUCUGUCCCUGGAUGUUUUAUCUCCCUUAGACCAGGUUGUCCAUGACUAACAGGAUCAAAGCAGUCCGCCUUGUAAAUGAUCUAAGCUGUGUCCAUAGGAGCGUUAAAAUGUUUGUCCAUUUUCAUUAGUUCCGAGUGAUAUGCAGCAGUUAAUGAGUUGUGUAGUUGUCAGCUGCCUCUCCGUCUUUCUGUUUCAUAAUCAUGCGCACACUCCCAAUUCUCAACAUUUUUACUAGUUGCAAACAAAGCUGGACAUAAUUGGAACUAAUUUUAUACAAUAUGGUUCUUUUCAUCCCUAUGAUUGUGCUUGUUUUAGACAGACCUCUUCAUCACUAGUAAGUGUAUUAUUCCUAUACAGCGAUUUUCAUUACUCCUGUGUGUAUUUAUUUUAUACAGUUCUCUUCAUCACUGUGUGUGUACUAAUUGUAUACAGUUUUCUCUUCAUCACAGUGAGUACUUAUUGUAUACUUUUCUCUCUAUCACUAGUGAGGGCACCCAUUUUACACAGUUCACUUUAUCAGCUCUGGGUGCACAUAUUUUAUACAGUUCUCUUUAUCUCUAGCACAUGACUGUUUCAUGUGGUUCUCUUCAUCGUUUGUACAUGAUUUUGUUUCAUAAAGUUCUCUUUAUCAAGGGUCAUGUACUUAGAUUGUGCUAUUCUCUUCAUCUCUGAUACAUGUUUUAGUUUCACUCAGUCCUAUUUGUCACUGGUACUUGUACAAGCUUUAUACAAUGAGCCUCUAUAUCUCUAGUACAGUGUACAUAUGUGUACUUGCUUCGUACAACAGUUCUCUUCAUCACUGGUAGGCCUACAUGAUGUUUUAGUUCACACACUUCUUUUCAUUGCUAGUGCAUGUACAAGCUUCCUCAUACAACUGUUCUCUUCAUUGCUGGUGCAUGUUUUGGUUUCAUACAGUACUCUUUGGCGCUAGUGCUUGUGCAAGUACUUGUUUUAUACUACAAUUACUUCUCUUCUUCAUCUCCAGUACAUGUACUAGUUUCAUACUAUAGUUUUCUCCAUGACUGGUAAAUGUACUAGUUUUAUUCUAAUUUCUACAGUUGUUGUUUUUUUCAUCUCUGGUACAUGUAGGCCUUCUAGUUUCAUUCUACAGUUUUCUUUAUUACUGGUACAUGUACUAGUUUCAUACUAGUUUUGUUUAUCACUGGUACAUGUACUAGUUUCAUACUAGUUUUCUUUGUCACUAGUACAUGCAGGCUACUUGUUUCAUACUAGUUUUCUUUAUUACUGGCACAUGUACCAAUUUCAUACUUCGGUUUUCUUUUCUGCUGGUACAUGUACUAGUUUCAUCGUAUAGUUUUCUUUAUCUUUGGUACUUGUUUCAUCCUACAGUCUUCUUUACCUCAGGUACAUUCACUAGUUUCAAACUAGUUUGCUUUAUCACUGGUACAUAGUUUCUCACUACCGUUUUCUUUAUCACAUGUACUAGUUCCGUACUAGUUUUCUUUAUCACUGGUACGCAUUUUAGUUUUGUUCUACGGGUUUUUUUUCAUCUCUGGCAGCCUACAUGUUUUAGUUUCACACAGUUCUCUUUGUCACUGGUAGGCCUAAUCAUCGCCUCAGAACUAUUUUGUCCAAAGUGUACCCAAAUAAAGAGGCACUUUGGACAAAAUAGCUCUCAGGCGACGUAAUGUACAACUACACGUAAGUUUGAUACAGCUCUCAUCUUCAGUGUUGCAACUGCUGUUAUAAGUGUCGAACUGUUCUCGACAUAACUGUGGUCAGUUCUACUGUGGAAUGGCAGUGUUGUAUACAGUGUAUCGCGCAUUACUGGUCUAUUGAUUAAUUCGUCGUGCUCAUGUCUGGGCCCCACAUGCGUACCAGCGGCGUGCAGCCACGAACAAUGAAAGGGGCACCUCGCAUUACAGGCGACUUAACGUUUUCGACAAUGGCGAUUUCCACGCUCCUCAUGGGCAAACGCGUACGGUAAAUAGGGAUUAGCGCGCAACCCCCGUACGCUCGCUUACUUACUGAACUUGCCUUGACCUAGACCGGGAAAACACCUUUCUAUUUUUAGCGCCCACUACUGCCUAAAAAUAGCCCUGACAUAACCCCCGCUGUCGUGUGCGGCAGUCUUUCCGUGACCCAGGCGAGACAGCGAGGUGGAGAAAGAAAGCAGCGGCGCCUUGCCAAGCGACAACGGCCUUCUCUCCGUCUGUGUUUGUGUUUAUGUGUGUGUGUGUGGGUGCUAUUCUGAAUCAUUCAUAGAUUUCGGGGGCAGUUUUGCUUGUUCGUGACACGCGAACAGUUUGUGUAGUUCGAAGUUGUUGGAUUUUCUUGUUGAGAAACACUGAUGGCUACAACAGCCUAAGCUGUGGUGACUUGCGGUAUUUUCCCCAGGUUGUGACUCAAAGGAUUACUAUUUCUGUUGUUGUGUUUUGGAUUUGGAUGACAAAUCUACCACGUUGUUGUGGAAAAUUCGGAUGUGUAAGAAAUAAUAUAUUUUACGGUACCGUAGGCUGUUCAGAGUUGGAGACUUGUGUUGGAUUUUUAGAGAGGAUUUAUCGUUCAUCCGUUGUUGUUGCUUUUAAGGUGUUAGAUUUUUGAAAUGGUCAGAGUACACAAUGGGUUGAAGAGUGCAGGAGACCAACGCAGCUGCCCGCUUUGGAGCCACACGACACCCAUCUACCUCACCCCUCUUCAAUCUUCCCUCCUGCAGAGCUGUUGAUUUUUCUUGCUGUUGCUGCUCAGACCAAGGCAUCACUGUAUAGCUCAUGUGGGAAAUAGCCAAACUUACAGCCAAGAUCACCACAGACAUUUUACUGUAUUUUGAGGUUUCCUCGUAGCUGUCUCUACGUGGUGAACAAUUGCAAAUGCAGUCAGAAUACCAGACUGAAUUGUGCAACCGUUGUCUUACUUUAUACUGGGCCUGCAAAAUGUAUAAAUGAUUUUGUGCAGUUUCCGUUUGGCGUCAGAAGGAAGGAUGUUCUAAGCAAUAGUGAGAGGUUGAUGUACUAGUGUCAAGAGUAACAUCAGUUUUUCUAUGCAUUGUGGUUCAAGCAAGUGGCGAGAAGUGUAGCUGAUGGAUAAAGUGUUUGUUUGAUUGCGUGGCAGAUCUUGAUGGUGUAAUCAAGUUUCCAGGAAAAUCUUUUAUUUUACGACGACCUACGCAACCAUAUCAGGAGUGCUCUAUCCUGCUGCACUGCAAUAUUUUACCGGAUUUUUACACUGAAUUUAACACCUUUAUAGUGUGAAUAUAUCGCUGCUACCUCAGAACUUCAAGAACCGUCUUUAACAUAUAAUGUAUUGUACCAUUUCUUGUCCUUACCAUCCAAGCUCAACACUUUGUUACCAUCCAUGAGCUACAAUAAAACCUUGAGCGUGCCUUAAUCUUUACGGAGUAUUUGCCGUAAAGAGACUCCACCUUCCGGCAUAGCAAGUGUAUCUUGCGCACACCGCGUGUGCCAGUAUUGGAUCUUUGCCUAAACUCUCACAUCUUUAUGCAGUAUUUAUUUAUACCAGACUUUUAGUCUUCACUUCGCAUGUCUCGUGACUCGUCGGUGAAUUGAUAUGAUAUUGUCUGCCUACGAAUACCCAAAAGCUGAUGGGUACUUAAAACCAACGAGUCAGUGUUUUUUUUUACAUGAGUACACAUUUGGAAGGAGAUACUUCUAUACACGUUUAUUUCUGAAUGCCAUGGUGGCUGAAGCUUGAUCUAAUUAUUGUAUGAAUUAGAACUGAACUGAUAUUGUUUCGUUUCGGGUGAAGCAAGGCUGAUCUUAUUCCGGUCAGUUCAGCUUGGUCUGGGGUUUUUUUUUUUAUUUAAUGUUUUCUUUUGGAGACUGGGAAUAUGUCUCGGUCUCCGUUAGUGACUUUGUCCUGACAAAAGACAUCUAGUGGCCGCGAUGCUACACGGAAGACAGAUGGCUGUGCCAGGCCGUCAGCCCGGGCUGUGAAGGAGAGCAGCAGCGGGAGGAGGAGAGCGGCAUUCGAGCAGUUACGUGUGCUGGAAAAAGCUUUGGCCCGGCCAUGUCCCUGUCUCGGAAACGCCUGGACGCCGGCCUGUGUGUGACCUGUGGUCAGCUGCAUGAGGUGCAUGGAACACAUCUAUAUGACUACCACCAGCAGGUGGAUGAGGACUUGAUGUGCCACAUCUGCCUGCAGCCCCUGGUGAGUCCCAUCGACACGGCGUGUGGCCACACGUUCUGCGGGCGCUGCAUCCACAACUACCUGAAUCUGCAGCAGCAGUGCCCCAUCGACAGGAAGCCUCUCACCGUCAAGGAGUGCCAGCCCUCCAGUAUUCUUGUCCGCAGGUAAAAACCCGGUGACGGAGGGCGAGGUGUCCACUAUAGAGGUACAGAGGAGACAGUCGGAGAACCUGGGCAUCAGCGUGGUGGGAGGGUGUGACACGCCUCUGGUGAACGGCGAGGACCUGACCCAGGCCACCCACCACCAGGCAGUGACCAUCCUGGCCCAGUUCUUCCCCGUCUGCCGACUGACCGUGUACCGCGAGAGAGCGGAGGAGAACCGACCCAUUGAGAAAGAAGAGAUACUGAAGAUUACGUUAUGCAAACACAAAGGGAGGCAACUAGGUAUCAAACUAGUUGGGAAAAGGAAUGGCCCUGGCGGACUGACCUUGAUUCCUGGCUCUCUGGCCUCCUGCGAUGGUCGACUCAAGAUGGACGACCGGGUUCUGGAGAUCAACGGGCAGGACGUGUCCUACGGGACACAGGAGCAGGCUGCCUCCAUCAUCAUCGCCAGCCCGGCCCGCGUCCAGUUUGUGGUGGCGCGGAGGUCAAGGCCGCAGACACCGGAUAUAAUUAGGUCGGCCUCGGAGCACAGCAAGUACGCGGUGUUUGCCACCGACGAGCACGAGAAACCCAUAUCUCCGCUGUGUUUUGUGUGCCAAGAGAAGCUGGUCACUAUAAAGGAGACGUCCUGGUGUCCAUUAACUCAAGUAACCUGCUCAACCUGACGCACCCGGAGAGUGUCAAGCAGAUCCGGAAGAACUCGGAGGUCAAGGUCCUGACCUUGAGGGUCAUCGACGCCCGGGAGACGCACGCGGGCGAGCACAACUUUGUCCCCUCCUGGAUCUUCUGGCUGCAGAUGCCUGUGGCCUGCCGCCUGGUGAAGACCAUCACUUUGCUGAGGUCGCCGUCUGGCAGCCUGGGCUUCUCCAUCGUCGGGGGAACGGACUGUAGUCAUGGCAACCUCCCCAUCUUUGUCAAGUCUGUUGUGCCAGACACACCGGCUGCCAAGGAUGGACGUCUGAAGUGCGGGGACAUUCUGCUGUCAGUGAACGAGCACAGCCUGCGCACCACGUCGCACUCGACAGCCGUGGAGGUGCUCAAGCAGGUGGACGGCGCCGUCACGCUCUCCGUGGUCUCGUGGCCGGGUACUGUCGUAUGACCCUGA